AAAUGGUUUAGUCUGCACCUCAUCACUUUGUUCAGAGGCAGUGCUGUUUUUGCUAUUUUCAGUGCGUUUCUUUCAUAGGCUAAAUCUGGCAAAAUGUUAUCCCUGCACACUUCGUCUUAGCAGUACUGUUGAGUGAUGUCAGUGUAGCGUUCCUGGCUAAUCAUAAAAUAGCAUUAAUGUUUCAUGUGCAGAGUUCUGUAGCCCCUGUCUCUGUAUUUUUCAUUAGGCAGUCUUCCCAUUUCUGUGAAAUCUCUAAUGAGCUGCAGACAAUUUGAUACUCAAUUCAUCUAGACCUAUGUGUCGUCCCAGACGGCCCAAUGCAACCUUGAGGUACGUUUCGAAAUCACUGAGAUUGCGUGAAAAUACCGGACACAGCAGCAACAUGGCAAUGUACUACACGUAGUUCCAUCUUCAUCUCUGUGUUUAAGCAAUGAAAUGCAGUUUUUACCAUAGCAUGAUGGAGAUGGUUAUUUUAUUAUUUUUUUUUCAUGUACAUGGAGACGCAGUGUUUGGCAUCUAACCGUGGCAUUUAAAUUUCAAAAAUUGUUUUUCAAGUUCAUAACAUAACAGUACACAAUAAAAAGCACCUUGAAGACAUUAUAGCCCAUAGUUGUGUUCGGGUCUCGGGAGGAUAUAGCCCCUUACAGGAGCCAUAUACAGAGAGCAGCUGCACUUUGUGUACCUUCUGGUGGCAAUGUCCAACCAGUUCGAGCCCAGUUUAGUGUACUUGAUUCUGAUACGCCAUAUUACCAUAGAAUAAAGAACCAACUGUUAUGUGUUUGGCUAGGUCUUCGUCUUGUUAUGGCUGGGUCUUCAUCUUGUUAUCUAAAAUACGCUGCACUAAUUGGGAGUUGUUUCCAGCAAUGCUCACUUAACAUGUAAGCGUUAUUACACCAUGUUGUUGUUAGCGAACCGUGCAUCUUCCUCGGUGUUUACCAGAAACGUUCCCUCAGCACGCGCGUCAGCAUGUUGCCUUCGCAACAUGGCGGUUUGCAUCCAGCGCUGCCGCGGCAGCAAGAAACGACAGCCCGCAACAUCUCUCAGGGCGGUGAGACCAAUUAACGCACGUAAGCAAGCGCCAGUCAUCGCGGCACGUACCCGCAAGCCGAGAGGGUGCCGACAUGUCGACAAGAGUACGUGCCGUUCGCGUGGUCUCCGCAACCGACGAACCGGAGCAGCUGCCCAUGCCGGCGCAGGCAGCGGAGCUCGUUGAAGUCGAGGUGCUCCCCGCCGAACCGUGCACCUCCCACCGGCAAUCGCCGUCGCUGCCGCGGCUUCCUUCCCGCUUCUGCUUUCCAAAGUCCAGCGCGAGCCAAUGCUCGGUGACGAACAUCUACUGCCACAUGCCCGAGACUCGGCAUAUCGCGGCAGCCGGAAGCGGUAGUCAAGCCUCGCUGCCGGGGACGCGACUGGACUGGAAGCUCCAGCCGGACGGACGCCUCGAAGUGCGUGUCGGCCCGGCGCUAACUGAGGAGGAGGAAGCCAAGCAAGCUAAGGAUAAGGACGCGACCAAGAAGGCUGACAUUGAAGAGAAAAAGGACGGCUCGCCGGCAGCCGCGACGCCCGAAGCGCCUGCCGGCGCUUCGACCUCGGCGCAGCCAUCGGGAGGAGGUGGAAGCAAAGCGGAGUCCAUCAAGCCCGACAGGACUUGGUCGUUCAAACUCGGACCUCGCGCGCCGGGGACACGUAUCUUGGGACGCUUGCUACGAAAUACAUUGCCACAGCGUCGUCGUCGUCGUCAUCAUCAUCAUGAUCAUUGUCAACCGCCGCGCGAGGGCUCGUGCUCGCGUUCUACACGGGGACCAGCAGCCGCAGGUCCGUCGUCUCGCCGAUGGAGCUCGGCAAUGGCAGCCAAAGACCUACGAAGUAGGCAGCUGCCGCGGGCCCUCUCCCGGUGA